AUGUCUGAAUCUCAUCAGAAGCCAAAGCCUCGUCCACGCCCUCGGCCUCGUAAUGCAGCUUCACAAGAAACUGACACUCCAGGACCUUCUUCCAAGUCUCCAAUAGAAGUCGAAGACUCGUUAUUUAUUCGCAAUAAAAACAGGAGCGCGAAUAGCUGGAGCAAGAUAAACAACGCUGUAGACAAGCGAGAAGCUCGACAGCGUUCGGUCGACCCUGAUUCGAGCGAUUCGGACUCCCCGCGUGCGAAGAAGGCCAGACGCCAACCAUUCGAGCCUAGACCUAAGGAGAUGCCAGCCUGGGCGAAGUCAGAAGGUCUGAUAGAAAUCCAGGACUCUGACUCGGAAGGGGAAAGCAACGCUUCAAUACUUGACAUAGAUUCACACAUUACGAAGAGUUCUCCAGAUGCCUUGCCUACACGUAUUCAACGGCGGCAGCGCAGUCGGUCAAGGUCGGAAUCACCUGAGCCGGAAGUCUAUAUCGCAGAACAGAUGGGGCGAGAACGAGCUCGUAUGAUCCUAGCUAGCAGGAAAAUAGGGAGCAGAUCCCCUAUAAUUGUUUCUGACAAGGAGGACGACGAACUGGACAACAUGAAGGAACUUCCAGCUGAACUUGCAGCGAUUAAAGCGGAAGCGCGAAGAAAAUUGGACAGGGUCAUUUCUGCAGAGAAUAGAUCCGCGUCAACGGCUACAGUCGAGCUCAGAAUUACGCUGAGGCCGCAUCCUGAGGACGCAUCAGCCAAAUCAUUAAACUUCUCCCAUACCAUGAAUCGGAACGAAAAGUUCGAACAGCUAUUCCACGAAGUCGCCGAUGCUGGUGAUAUUCCGGUCAACAGACUCGUUGUCCUAUUUAACAACCAUAGGGUGUAUCCAUUUUCCACCCCGCAGACUUUUUCAAUCUGGUCAGAAGCAGACCUAGUGGCUUAUGAAGAACACGUAUAUCAAUACGUUAAGUCGCAAUUACAAUCCCCGCCACCCGUCAAGGAUGCCAGUGUUGCGCCAACGGAUAACCGCCCUGGCACAACGAGUGUACAUGAGUAUAACGGGGAGAGGGAUGUGGCCCAGGACAAAGCCGAUACAUUCAAGCUACACGUCCGCUCGGGAGAAACGACAAUCACCGUUGCUGUUCGCAAUACGACGAAAUGCAGUGCAAUCGUAUCGAACGUACUUAAGAAACUCGGAAAGCCCGCGUCAGCUGAGAAGAAAGCACGCAUAGAGGUCGAUGGUGAGAAACUGGGUCCUAACAGUGAGAUUGGCGAAGUGGAGUUGGAGGAUGGAGACUUGGUUGAUAUUGUUGGUGUAUGA